AUGGCAAUACCACUUUCCCGCUUGAAGCCUUUUGUCUUUGCAGCUCGUUGGCCAUAUCAGGCAGCUGACUUUGUUCGCUCAGACGAAAGCAGUGAUGCUCGAUUCUACGCUUUCCCGCGCUUUGUCAACCAUAUCGACGAUGAGGCAAUUCGUCGCUUGACUGAUUACUACCGCCAGUCCAUCCCACAAGAUUCAAAUGUUCUUGACAUUGCUUCCUCGUGGGUAUCGCACCUGCCUACCAAUGUCAAAUAUGCCAGCGUCAUUGGACUCGGACUCAACAAUGAAGAGCUUGCGGCCAAUUCCCUGCUGACAAAGACUAUUGUGCAAGAUCUCAAUAAGGACACAAAACUACCCUUGGAAGAUGCCUCGGUUGACCAUGUCAUUUGUAAUGUAUCGAUCGACUAUCUCACAAAGCCACGCGAAGUCUGUCUCGAAGCUGGCCGUGUCCUGAGGCCCGGUGGCGUUCUUCAUCUGGCCAUCUCCAACAGAUGCUUUCCUACAAAGGUCGUUGGAAGAUGGCUCAAGCUCAGUGAGGAGGAGCGAAGACAGAUGGUCGCAGACUACCUUCAUUUUACUGCAGGUGAGGACGGCACACCCAAAGUCUUCAAAGACAUUGCGAGCAUCGAGCUAGCAGAUGGUCGUGGCAGCGAUCCAAUUCACAUUGUGCGAGGAACAAGAAUUUGA